GCGACAGCGCUUGCUCUGCAGGAAGUCCAAAGGCACGUUCACAGUGCCAGCAAAAAACCCACCUGGUUAGCUAAAGAUAAAGGUCAUAUAAUUCACAUUAUUUAAAACAGUCUGUCGAAGUAAAUCAUGGUGUUUUUAACAUUACCCUGUUGGAUACGCAAUCGAGGACCUGAUCGGUACUGGAAAGUACAGGAGCUAUUGAAGAAUGCACGGCACUUUCGUGGAAGGAAGAAUCGCUGUUAUAGUCUGGCCGUUCGUGCUGUCCGUAGGGCGUUCGUGUAUGCAUCAAAGGCUAGAAAAGCCAAACGUCGCAACAUGAGGAUGCUGUGGAUAUCUCGCAUCGCUGCAGCUUCCCGUGAGCACGGAAUGAAGUAUCCCGUGUUAAUCUACAACCUCGUGAAAUCCAGUGUGCAGGUGAACCGGCGGAUUCUGAGUGACUUGGCAAUCACAGAGCCCCGCACAUUCCAGGCUCUGGCGACACUGGCACAGGCUCGGCGGGAGGAGGGGCUUCGAGCAGCACUGGGCGAUGACAGAGAACCACCGGGCGUGUUCUCACGCAUCCCACAGCUGCAGUGAUGGACACUCCUCAUGGCCAAUCACAGCAAGGCUGCUACUGCUACUCCACUUAGCCACAGAACAGCAUGAAUCCCUAUUGCAGUGGACAGCACAGUGCAGAACCAAGACUGGAGGUCUGCUGUUCUACAUGAGUUUAGUCCCAACCCUAGUCCAGCAUAAGUCACAUUUUAAUGUUUGAGCCAGUUAUGUUGGAUUAAGGUUAGAACUAAACUCUUCAGGGUGGUGUUCCUGGAGCAGACUUGGCCCACCCUUAUACAUUCUCAGAGUCCAGUCAGUUUCCAAGGUUUUUGAGGUUUAACUUGGAAUUGAGUUUAAGGUGUAUUGUGAUGUGCUUUGUGCAGUUGUGUGUUUAGGAGACUGCACCCUAGGGUGUAAGACAUCUGCUUUAGGAAAUAAAAUUGUGUGUGAGGAGCCAGGGUCAAACAUUGACAAAAGAUUUUUGGUUCAGUUUUCCUUUUUUUGUCAUACCAUGAAGGCCUGUGAAUAAAGUGGGAAACUCUGCUCAGCACCCCUGUCUUAAGAUGCUGUCUGGAUUCUAAUCCAAGUGCUGUCCAAGGGCAAAUAACCUUGGUUUGCAGUGUCUUCUCUAUGUGGCUUUGUAAAUGCUGUAUUGUAUUGUACCUGUUAAUAAACCCUUUCUUUGUA